UUGUUUGAAAAUAUAUCGAUAUAUCUUAAAAACUUGAUAUAUUAUCCGGCCCGACUAGAAACUAGUUAAUGUUUGGGGUUAGAUAAUCAACAGCCUCUAACAUUUAAAAAGUUUUUGUUAUGUCCUGUUAGUGUUACUGUAAAUAUCUCAGUACACAUUGUCUUGAUGUGUCAUGACUGUGGUUUAUGUUUGUAAUGUUUUGCAGAACAGGAACCUGCUGGAAACCAGUUUUUUAAACUGAACAUGGCCUCAGCUCCAGCACAGCAGCCCACCCUGACUGUUGAGCAGACCAGAGUGGUACUGAGUGAGGUGAUCCAGGCUUUCUCGGUACCAGAUAAUGCAGCGAGGAUGGAGGAGGCUCGAGAAAGUGCCUGCAAUGACAUGGGAAAGAUGCUGCAGCUUGUGCUCCCUGUGGCCACUCAGAUUCAACAAGAGGUCAUCAAAGCGUACGGUUUCAACAACGAAGGAGAAGGUGUCCUAAAAUUUGCCAGAUUGGUGAAGAUGUAUGAAACUCAGGACCCUGAAAUUGCAGCCAUGUCAGCUAAAUUGAAGUCUCUCCUCCUGCCACCGCUGUCAACACCUCCUAUAGGAGGCGCCAUUCCAGCUUCAUAGGAAAUAUUUACAUUCACUCAACUGUUCAACUGCAACGUUGCUUUCAAGUAAUGCUUUAGGGAUCAACAUUUAAGAACUGUUAUUCCUUCUUUUUAAUUUGUUAGUUACAUUACUUUUCUUGAGGAAAUAAUGGAAAAAUACUCAAAACACUAAAACGUUCCAAGAAAGUCAGUCAAUUUAUUUUAUUCAGAGCAUUCUUGCAGACUUGUUAAAUUAUUGCUUUUUUAAUGUUUUCAUAUUUAUUCGUUACAUGUUACACUUUGACCAUACUCUUACGUCAUUCAACCUUAAACAAUUCCUUUAAUGCCUUUUUUUUUUAAUCAUUAAACCAUUUUUAUAUGCUGUCAAAUGUAUAAAAUGUCAUUAUUUUGUCUUGUAUUAAAAGGUUUUACGUGAAACUCUUGUGUAGUAAUGUUGUGGUAAAGAAAACAAUAACUUGCAUAUAUACAUAACUUUAUUAUUGCAAUAAGGCUUUGGCAACAACAUACUCAUAUGUUUAAAAAAAAAAUCUGAAGCGCUAACACAUGUACAUAUAUACAUUUCUGUAAUGAUUUAUCUUCCUUAGACAGGUGCAGCAAAAUAUAAAGUUAAAAGAUCCCUAGUCUCAUAUAUAAAAUCUGGGAUCAGGCCUCUCUCCAUCCUUUGUUCAGUGGGCUUUAAGUUAAGGUGCAUGCAGACAUCAUAGCAGAAGAGGUUCAUAAUAAAACUUGCACAGUAAGUAAAGAAAAAUAAAGUGCCCCAUAUUCUUAAACAUCUAUACAAAAACAAACAUGUUCCUAAAGUGCUCCUUGUUUAUAAAAAAAAGGCAAACCAGUGACCCUGCACCUUGUAACAAAUGUGAAAGGAACUCAUAUUCUGUACUUGUGCUGAUUCUUGUGUCUUGUACCUUAUUACCCAGCAGCUUUUUGGAUCUGAACAGAUGGUAUGUAGACAAUAAGAUGACUACAAGGUGCAGUUUCUUCCAUCUGGGCGUCAGAAAACAAUCCUGUUUGUGUGUGAUACAUAAAACCAUGUCAUAAAAUCGAAUAUUGCUUACAUUUUCAA